AUGAAGAGUGCGGUUAGUACAGUUUUCCCUGGUGCACAUCACAGGUUGUGUAGCUGGCAUUUGUUAAGGAAUGCCACUGCUAGAGUUGGACGGCCGGAUUUUCUUAGGAAAUUCCGUCUAUGCCUGAUGGGAGAUCUAGAGGUUGACGAAUUUGAGAGAAUAUGGACGGAUAGCGUGGCAGAUCAUGGGUUGGAGGAUCAUCCGUGGAUAGCGGACAUGUAUGCAAAGAAGCAUUCAUGGUCUAAUGCGCAUAUCCGGGGGAAAUUCUUCGCAGGACUGAAGACGACAUCGAGAUGCGAGGCUUUGAAUAUGAAGAUUAGGAAACUUAUACACAACGGGUACAAUCUGAGGGAGUUUGUGGAGCACUUCCAACACUAUCUGGAAUUCAUGAGGAAAAGAGAACUAGUGGCAGACUACAAGUCUGCGAACGACGAGCCUGUUGUAAAAAUGAAACUCGAAGCCAUUGAGCAGUUCGCUGCGACGGUUUAUAUAAGAGAGGUUUUCGAACUGUUUCAGGAGGUGCUAAUGCUAGCCAGCAAUGUGAGAGUUGUGUCCACCAAGAGGACGAGCACUUGUGUUUUGUUCGAGGUUGCAAUGUACUGCAAGCAGAGAUCAUGGGCCGAGGAAGACGACGAAUUCAGCUGUUCUUGUCAACGGAUGGAGUCAUUCGGCCUUCCUUGUGUCCACAUGGUUGGGUUUAUGGUUUAUUUGAACAUGACAGCUAUCCCUAGAAGCCUCAUACUUGAAUGGUGGAUAAAGAGGGCAAAGCAGCCGCGUACUCCCAGCGAUGGAGUACGUGUUGGGGAGAUCCCUAAACGCAGUGCAUACAUGAGCAUGCACGCGGCGAUGCUGGAUGAUUGUAGGGAGCUGGUUAGGUUGUCUUGCCGGUUCUUCGAGGACUACGUGGACGUGAAAACAAGGUUGGCAAAGAAGCGUCAAUCCCUGCGGGACAAACAUUGCCAAAGGCUGGGUGUUGCUGAGGAGGUUAGUAGGGUGUCUAUUCGGGACCCAUUGUGGGUAAGGUACAAAGGAUACGGUCAAAGAGUUGUCACCUCUCAGGAGAACAUCGAGAGUUUUGAGGCUAGCGCGGCUUACGAUAGCAUGGAAGCAGGAGAGGGGGGUGAGGAGUACUACGAAUUUGAGUGA